AUGUGCGAUUCGUAUUUAAAUAUUGCAAAAAUUGGUGCAAAUGAAAAAAUGGAAUCGAAGCCAUCGUCUAACCCUCGUAGCAGUUCCAGGUGCGAUCUUCAAAGUUUCUACGAAAACUUUGAUCCUGAUAGCACUGAGGACUGUAUGUUUGCAAUGUCCUGCGUCCAGACGGAAGGCAUUCAUCACUGGAAUGAAAGAUGUUCUGCCAAAACCCAGUAUAACAUUUCAGACAGAAAUAGUCAGAUAACUCCAGAACCAGAACCAGUCGAUAAUUAUUGCAACCAAUACGGAAAUGGAGCAUUUUCUAAAACAAUUCAAGGCAAUAAAGACACAAAAUGCAACCAAAUCAAGCGUAUGAUCUUGAAGAAGAAACGCAAACGCACAAUGUUCACAACAGAACAAAUCGUAGCUAUGGAGCAGAUCUUCAAAGUAAGACCUUAUAUUUGCAGAGAUGACAGAAUAAACUUAAUGCAGAAGAUACGGGUGGGUGAGAAUGCAAUCAAAGUCUGGUUCCAGAACAGACGUCGCAUGUCCGAGAAGAGGGACAAAACUGAUCUACCAGAUUCACCGUCCUCUCUGGAAACAUGCAAUUCAGAUAGAUUGAUGUACAUUGAAGGUUUGAUAAGCGAAAGGGUCGACGAACUUGGUAAUGUAACGCUCGAUGAACAACUCAUCGCUGAAUUAGUUAAUGUCAUUGAUGAAUAUUUACCUGACAUUGAUACUAUAGAAUUGUUCAAAGAUGUGUCGUGUGAUUUAGAUAAUACACAGACAUCUUAUGAUGAAACUUCAUUAAUGCCACAAACUAGUGACCAAAAUAAUAUCAUUAUGUAUGAACCGAUUUCGCCUAUAAGUGUUAUUGAUGAGUUUCUACAAUAG